UACAUCGAGGAGGGUGUCUGAGCACGUCCUGGUGUGAAGCGUGGGAGUGCGUGGCCCACAUCAGCCUCCUGUCUGGGUGAAUAGCUCCCAGAUCCUGCCUCAGUUUCCUUAGGAUGCAGAGGAAGGGAGAAGGAGGCAGGGGUGAGAGCCAGAUGGCUUGAAUGUGUUCUGGGGCAGGUCAGUUACCUUUUGAGCUAUUUUUUACCAAGCUGGGGUGGGGGUGUGGGGUAAGGGCUCCCCCCUUUCCGUCAGGUGAACAAUGAAGACCCAAGAUCCACGCUGCCAGAAGGAAACCCCAGGCAGGGCAGGUGGAUGUGGGGAGACAGGGAAGUGCUGCCAGGCUGUGUACUCGCCCAGCCUGAAACCACUGGAGCUUUCCUAUGAGGCCUGCAUAUCCCUCAGCAUCGCCAACAAUGGCCACUCUGUCCAGGUGGACUUCAAUGACAGCGAUGACCGAACUGUGGUGACUGGGGGGCCCUUGGAUGGGCCAUACCGGCUCAAGCAGUUCCAUUUCCACUGGGGCAAGAAGCACAGUGUGGGCUCAGAACACACCGUAGAUGGCAAGUCAUUCCCCAGCGAGCUGCACCUUGUUCACUGGAACGCCAAGAAAUACAGCACCUUUGGGGAGGCAGCCUCAGCACCUGAUGGCCUGGCUGUGGUCGGUGUCUUCUUGGAGACAGGGAACGAGCACCCCAGCAUGAACCGGCUGACAGAUGCACUGUACAUGGUUCGGUUUAAGGGAACAAAGGCCCAGUUCAGCUGCUUCAACCCCAAGUGCCUCCUGCCUGCCAGCCGGCACUACUGGACCUACCCGGGCUCCCUGACGACGCCCCCACUGAGUGAGAGUGUCACCUGGAUCGUGCUGCGGGAACCUAUCAGCAUCUCCGAGAGGCAGAUGGAGAAGUUCCGAAGCCUGCUUUUCACCUCAGAGGAUGAUGAGAGGAUCCACAUGGUGAACAACUUCCGGCCACCACAGCCACUGAAGGGCCGUGUGGUCAAGGCCUCUUUCCGGGCCUGAGCUGCCCACCUGCCCAGGCGGCCACUAGAGCACCAUUUUCCCAAGGGCUUCCACGUCAGCAGACACCAAACCAUCUGAGGCUCCCUGCCUGGGGGGGGUGCUGUGGACCCCCCACUUCAGCUGGCUUGCUCCUUGGCCACCCUGGAGGAUUCUUGAUGGGACCCUCAAGUCAAGGGACACCCUUCAGCUGGGGACAGGAAGGACAGGAGCUAAGCACGGUCCAAGCCUGAGGCUGCCUCUGCUCUCCAAGACCCAAAGGCCCCUGGGAAUCUCUCCCAUCUUCCCCACUGGCAGUGGCAGCAGCCCCACCCUGAGCUCACACUGUGAUGGACGAGACCGAGCUCUCUGGGGCAGGCAGCUGGCAUUGCCAGAAAGACUCAAGCAAUAAUUAGAGGUGGGCAGGGCUGCCCUCUCGGCGUUACCUCUUCUGCAGGCCUCCGCCAUGCACGCACCUCACUGCCGGGCCAUUAAAAUCAGCACCCAGCCUGCUGGAGAUGACAUGGCCUUUUCCCUCCAGCCACCUGCUGCCAUGGGCAGACACUGGCUACAGCUUCUGUAGUAUCUUCCCUCAGCCCUACCCGGUCACCAAAGCCACCUACAUGACAAUCCAUCCAUGCAAUUAUUAAUAAACUUAUCUAUUCAUGCCACAAA